AAAGCAAUGUGCAAGGCGGACAUCUCGUUCCUCCUGAACCCGUUGGCCCAGGCCCCGAUGACGCCCGAUCGAGCGCCGGCAUCCUCGGCGUCGCUCUUUCACAGCCUGUCGCCGAUCAUGAGCAGCCCCGAGCGCUCUCCGGUGUCCUACGCGAGCCAUCGCCGCUUGGCGGCCCCGUACAUGGCCCCGCUCGAGCAGCGCCGCAGCCUCAGCAAGCGCGCACGCCCGACCAUGUCCAUGGCGGCGCUGUGCUCUGAGUGCUUCAGCUCCAGCGACGAUGAGCUCUCCGACGCCUCGGUCUCGGCCAGCGCGUCUCCCCCGCGCAAGACGCACUCGCCCGCGUGCCAGAUCGAGGGCUGCAAGAACCUCUCCGUCUCCCGAGGCCUCUGCGUCCGUCAUGGCGGCGGCUCCAAGUGCACCGAGCCUGGCUGCAACACGCGCGCCAAGCUCUAUCAGCGCUGCUUCCAGCACGGAGGCUACAAGAUGUGCACCGAGCCCGGCUGCACCAAGAAGGCCAAGCGUUACGGCCACUGCUGGUCGCACGGCGGCGGUCACAUCUGCGAGGCUCCCGAGUGCACGAAAGUGUCGACUCAGGGCGGAUUCUGUUGGGCCCACGGCGGCGGCAAUCGUUGCAAGCACGAGGGCUGCAAUCGUCGCUCGUACCAGAAGUACGACUACUUCUGCAUGCGCCACGCCACGGCUUAA